AUGGAGGUCCACGAGAUAACACCGUCCGGCGCUCCGAGCCCGAGCCCGGGCCCAGAAGGCGUAUCCACUGCGCCAGCGCCGGACAUGCCGGUCAAGGGCAAAAGCCGACACCGUCUGAUCCAGCGAAUCCAGCGAAUAUCUUCAACGCCUUCAUUGAGUGGUCUGCGUCGCUCCAGGUCGGUUGGAAGCCGUGGGAGUCCCUAUAGCACUCGAAGCACUCUCUCGUGUGUUAGUCUUGCGGCCACUGGACCGCCUCAGACCCCCUACAGCGCCCGCUCAUCGACCCCACAGCCGUCGCCUCUUGGUCUACCCAGCGCUUUGAGCUCAACCCCCCAAUCUUCGGGGGAGUUUCCAUUCGACACUCCUGAUGGUUAUUUGGCCAUUCGUAAGGUCGAAAAUGCAACUCCAAUCACCACUCCUGGGACCGCCCCGCUCCCAUCCGAGUUUCGGUCCAAGCAGGACGUACAGAUUCGAACCCGGCCUGGUGUAAAACCUAUUCAGAAGCCACCAUUCCGUUUUUGGGACAAGAUGCCCAAUGAGCUCCAGAUUCACGUAUUCUCUUUCUUCCAGCCGAGAGAACUCGUCCAGGCAUCUCGAGUUUCCAAGGCCUUUUACAAGGCCUGCUUUGACGGUCAGCUGUGGACAUCCCUCGAUGCUUCGGAAUUUUAUCGCGAGAUUCCAGCCGAAUCACUCGCCAGGAUUAUUGUUUCGGCUGGUCCUUUCAUCAAGGACCUCAACCUGCGAGGCUGCGUGCAGGUCGAACACUACAAACGCACCGAGGUCAUCGUAAAAGCAUGCAAGAACCUCAUGAACGCAACCCUGGAAGGUUGCCAAAAUUUUCAGAAGAGCACGCUGCAUAGCUUGCUACGUAAUAACGAGAAGCUUGUUAGCCUCAACCUCACGGGGCUGACUGCGGUCUCAAAUACAUCCUGCAAGAUCAUUGCCGAGUCCUGCCCUCAGCUCGAGAUCUUCAAUAUUUCCUGGUGCGGCAGGGUAGAUGCUCGAGGUGUCAAGGCAGUUGUGGAGGCCUGCCCGAGAUUGAGGGAUCUUCGGGCUGGUGAAGUUGGAGGAUUCGACAAUGUGGCCACUGCCGAGGCUAUUUUCAAGACAAACAACCUGGAGAGGUUGGUUCUGAGCGGGUGCGCCGAACUCAAUGACGAGGCCCUCCAGAUUAUGAUGCAUGGUGUCGAGCCUGAAAUCGAUAUCUUGUCUGAACGGCCCAUUGUGCCGGCCCGCAAGCUUCGUCACCUCGACCUGAGCCGCUGUGUCCGACUCACAGAUGCAGGCGUGAAGGCGAUCGGUCAUCUUGUGCCUGACCUUGAGGGCCUGCAGCUCUCAGGCUGCAAGCUGUUGAAUGACGACGCUCUCGAGUCCAUUCUCGCUUCCACCCCUCGGUUGACACACCUCGAACUCGAGGACCUCGAAAACCUCACCAAUUCUAUCCUAUCAGAGCAUCUCGCCAAAGCUCCUUGUGCAUCUUCGAUAGAGCAUCUCUCUCUUAGCUACUGCGAAAACCUGGGCGACACUGGGAUGAUUCCGGUUAUGCAAACAUGCACGAACCUUCAGAACGUCGACCUUGACAACACCCGAGUCAGCGAUCUCGUCCUCGCCGAAGCAGCCGCAAUGGUCAUGAAACGCUCUCGGCGAUCUAUCGAAACGGGAACACGACCGAAACUGUCCCUUCAAAUGGUCGUCUACGAUUGUCAAAACGUGACCUGGACAGGUGUCCGUGAGGUGCUCUUCCGCAACACCCAAGUCAAAGCUGUAUCAGGCCAACCUGGCCGUGUGAGCUACCCAACCGAGAUGAUCGGGCUUAAGUGCUUCUAUGGCUUCCAGAUGACCGUUGAUGAGCAUCAGAAGCGAGUUCUGCGUGGUGAUCUUGCGUCCGCUGGUCGCCUAGAGAGGAAAUGGGCAGACUACAUGCAAGCCACAGAAGAAGCGGGCAUGACAGGUGCAGGCUACCGAAGACGCAGGCGUCGAGCCAGAGAAGCCCAGGCCCUCCACUUAGACGAAGAGGAUGGUGGUUUUGGUCCUACCGGCCGCCGGAGGGCUCGCACCCUGGGCUCAUGUGCUGUCAUGUAG